AUGGCCGAGGAGGAUAUUGCGGACUUCACCCUUGAUGACGAGAAGGUCAUCGACACCGACCAGGGGCUCGCCAAGCAGGACUUCAGCAAGAUCAACCUCGAUGAGCUCAACGUCGACACCUUCGAGGUGAUGUCGCGCCAGGCCACCAUCAACGUCGGCACCAUCGGUCACGUCGCACACGGUAAGUCCACCGUUGUCAAAGCGCUCAGCGGUGUCAAGACGCAGAAGUUCCACCGCGAGGCCGUCAUGAACAUCACCAUUCACCUCGGCUACGCCAACGCCAAGGUGUACCAGUGCGAGACCUGCCCGCGCCCCACCUGCUACCAGACCUACCCGUCCUCGCAGCCGGACAGCACGCCGUGCCCCAACUGCGGAGAGACCAUGACGCUGAAGCGCCACUUCUCCUUUGUCGACUGCCCCGGCCACGACGUGCUGAUGGCCACCAUGCUGAACGGCGCCGCCAUCAUGGACGCCGCGCUGCUGCUCAUCGCCGCCAACGAGUCGUUCCCGCAGCCGCAGACGCUGGAGCACCUCGCCGCGGCAGAGAUGAUCGGCGUCUCGUCGCUCAUCGUGCUGCAGAACAAGGUUGACCUUGUUAGCAAGGAGCGCGCGGCGGCGCAGUACAGCAUUAUUCACCACUACCUCGCCACCAAGACAGCGUACGCCAAGGCACCGGUGAUUCCGGUCUGCGCACAGCAGCACAUGAACAUCAGCUUUUUGCUGGACUACCUCGUGCACAUCCCCCUCCCACGGCGGCAGCUGCACCACGCGCAGUACAUGAACGUCCUACGUUCCUUCGAUGUGUCGCUGCCAGGCCCGGCUGGCGACGAUGCGAAGGCUCUCAAGGGCGGUGUCGUCGGUGGCACUGUCGCGGCCGGUGUCUUGUGCGUCGGAGACGAAAUCGAAAUCAUCCCUGGGCUGCUGGUGCUCCGGCGCCGCGACGGUGUGCUGCCGAGACGGGCGGAUGUCUUGUCAGGUCGAGAGUUAGCCUACGUCGCCUCCCCGCCACCUGGCGAGCUGUACGCCGUCCCACUGCGCACCACUGUUGUGCGACUCCAGGCGGAGAAGAACGAGUUGCAGUUCGCCGUGCCCGGCGGCCUCAUUGCGAUCGGCACGACCCUCGACCCAUCCCUGACACGGCAAAACAAGUUGCGAGGGCAGGUGGUACGGGUGGUGCGUCGCGGUCCCGUGUGGCGGUCGCGUCGAAUGGGGUGCAGUCCACCAGCGGCGGCAGGAGCCGCCUCCGCGUCAACGACGCCGGUGACCACCACCACAAGCGAUGCAACGCCGACGCCAUCCGGUGCCGUCUUCCCCUGCCCAUCCCCUGCUUCAGCUGCAGCCGCGGUGGAGUGUUACACAGGCAUGCAGGUGUACCAAGAGGUCGUCAUUCAGUUCUUCCUCCUGCGCGAGAUUCUCGGCCUCGCCGCUCCUCGUUCUGGACGCGCCUCGCCACACCGCGGCAAGGAUCGUGGGUUCAACGGCGGUACCGACUCAUAUCGGGUCCACCCAGACCGCGUGGUCUCCUCUCUGCAUCGCCGCGUCGCGCCGCUGCGAGAAGACGAGAGCAUCAUCCUGAGCGUGGGGACGCUGACGACGGCAGCGACGGUGCUGCGGACGUCGCGGCAUGCUGGUCGGGCCAUCUGCCGGCUGGAGAGCCCGCUCUCCGCCGAUCCUCCACACCAGCGCAUUGUGCUAGCCCGGUACGUGGAUCGCAAGGUUCGCGUGAUUGGGUGGGGCACGAUACUCAAAGGCGUGCCCGUGAAACUCCUGCCGGAGGGCUCGCCGUGA